GUCAGUUGCCCACGACGCGUUACCCGCAACGGUAGCAGGCGAGCCCUCUCCUGGCAGCCAUAGCCGCCAACUCGUGUGCUCGGAGCACCCACCGAGUUCCCUAUCGAAAUCCUCGCCAGCCUGCGCGCAAGCGUCGCCGUUUCAACUGCAAUUGAUUAAAGUUAUAUACAUAUAUAUUUUUUUUGGUGACCAAAAAAAAGGGGACAUGUCCGGCGGUGGUGGCCAGUGAUUGCCACAAAUCACCCGGUUGUCACCGGGAUGUUCAGCUACGAGGAGGGGAAUGCCGAACAGGCGUCCAUGGCUGCAGCGGCUGCCUAUCGGGCACUGCUCGACUACUAUGCCAAUGCGCCCAGUGCGGCGGGUCACAUAGUGUCGCUCAACGUGGGCCCAUACAAUGGAACUGGCCACGGAGGCAGUGCCUCCUUGGCGGGCGACAAUGCGACAACCAGCUAUGCCGACUAUAUGGACACCGAACCGAGUGACUUGGUCACCGAAAUGGCCUUCGCCCUGGGCACCAGUUCCAGUCCAAGUCCCAGUACCGCUACCGUUUCCAGCUCCAGUUCCAGCUCCAGUAGUAGUUCCACUGGCAUGCCCGUGUGGCUGAUACCCAGCUACAGCAUAAUCCUGCUGUUCGCCGUGCUGGGCAACCUGCUGGUCAUCUCGACGCUGGUGCAGAACCGCCGGAUGCGGACCAUAACCAACGUGUUCCUGCUCAACCUGGCGAUAUCGGAUAUGCUGCUGGGCGUGCUCUGCAUGCCCGUCACCCUGGUGGGCACACUGCUGCGCAACUUCAUCUUCGGCGAGUUCCUCUGCAAGCUCUUCCAGUUCUCCCAAGCCGCCUCCGUGGCCGUUUCGUCCUGGACCUUGGUGGCCAUAUCCUGCGAGCGCUACUACGCCAUUUGCCAUCCGCUGCGCUCGCGAUCCUGGCAGACAAUCAGCCACGCCUACAAGAUCAUCGGCUUCAUCUGGCUGGGCGGCAUCCUCUGCAUGACGCCCAUAGCGGUCUUCAGUCAAUUGAUACCCACCAGUAGACCAGGCUACUGCAAGUGCCGCGAGUUUUGGCCCGACCAGGGAUACGAGCUCUUCUACAACAUCCUGCUGGACUUCCUGCUGCUCGUCCUGCCGCUCCUGGUGCUCUGCGUGGCCUACAUCCUCAUCACGCGCACCCUCUACGUGGGCAUGGCCAAGGACAGCGGCCGCAUCCUCCUGCAGCAAUCGCUUCCGGUUUCCGCUGCAACAACCGGCGGAAGCGGCGCUCCCAAUCCGGGCACCAGCAGCAGUAGCAACUGCAUCCUGGUCCUGACCGCCACCGCAGUCUACAAUGAAAAUAGUAACAACAAUAAUGGAAAUUCAGAGGGAUCUGCCGGCGGAGGAUCCACUAAUAUGGCAACGACCACCUUGACAACGAGACCAACGGCUCCCACGGUGAUCACCACCACGACGACGACGACGGUGACGCUGGCCAAAAGCUCCUCGCCCAGCAUUCGCGUCCAUGAUGCGGCACUUCGCAGGUCCAACGAGGCCAAGACCCUGGAGAGCAAGAAGCGUGUGGUCAAGAUGCUGUUCGUCCUGGUGCUGGAGUUCUUCAUCUGCUGGACGCCGCUGUACGUGAUCAACACGAUGGUCAUGCUGAUUGGACCGGUGGUGUACGAGUAUGUCGACUACAAGGCCAUCAGUUUCCUUCAGCUGCUGGCCUACUCCUCCAGCUGCUGCAAUCCGAUCACCUACUGCUUCAUGAACGCCAGCUUCCGGCGCGCCUUCGUGGACACCUUCAAGGGUCUGCCCUGGCGACGUGGUGGUGCCGCUGGUGCCGCCGGCGUUGGAGGACUCUCUGCCAGCCAGGCGGGCGCUGGACAAGCGGGUGCUUAUGCGAGUGCCAACACCAACACCAACAUCAGUCUGAAUCCCGGCCUAGCCAUGGGUAUGGGCACCUGGCGGAGUCGCUCGCGUCAUGAGUUUCUCAAUUCGGUGGUGACCACCAACAGUGCCACCGCCGCCGGCGCCGCCAACAGUCCUCAGCUCUAAGCUGUAGAGGAUUAGCCCCCCCCAAAAAAAGGACCCCUCCCCCAUUCCAGGACUCACCCAUAAUCAACGAGAUGCGGUGUAAAUAUGUAUGAUAAGCGAACUGCGUGUGGUUUUUUUUUGAAGUAAGGAAUAUAUGGAUUUUUUUUACCUACUUGUGAUUAUGAUCGUACUCGUAAAAUAACGUAAAUUAACGUAAAAUAACUCAGACGCUAGUCUAUUGGUGUUUCAAUUGAACUUCCUAAGGUUGCUGCAAAUAAACAGAGUAAAACUUAA